GUUUAUUUUGACGAGGCAGACUGGAUUUCACUACGGGUUAGCGGCUGCAGUUUAGAACAAGGCACUCCCCCUCUGGACUCUGCAUGUGACUCAGGAUUCCCGAGCCAGCCCCAGGGAGCAUCCGAACUGGAUCCCUAGACCUCCAGGGACAAGUGGGCUGAAGCUUCCUCUCUACCUCCACCUGGAAGUGGAGUUGGACUGCGGAGAGGACCGUAGGAUAGUCGGGAGGAUGUGAGGCCUUGACAGCAGCCGUUAUCCACCACCAGGCCUACUGGGCCAGUCCAGCCCUGUGGGGGGGGCAAGGGAAUGGGCCCAGUUUCACUGCAGGUGGAGACUGAGCAGAAGCAGAAGCCAAAGAGAGAAAUGGAUUGCUACCAUAGCCUUCUGCAGGCUGGCUCUCAGCUGGAGAACACACUGCAGCAAGUGUCAGUCUCUAUGAGUAUGAAGGAGGUGGACGGCUACAUUGAGAAGCAGGUGGCCUACUUGUCAGGGGGGCGUGGUGAGGACUCUAGCGUGAUCGUGACCCUCCCAGAAUACUCGGCUUUCAGCGACAUUCCGGAGGAAUCUUUAGCCAAAGUCUUAACAUACCUCACCCUCAUACCUCGAGCAAGACAGCCAGGUGUAAAAUUCAUCAUCAUUUUAGACAGAAGACUGGAUACAUGGACCUCUAUCAAAACAGCACUUGCCCGAAUUGCGGCCUCCUUCCCUGGGAACCUCCACCUGGUGCUGGUGCUGAGACCCACCAGCUUCUUCCAGCGCACCGUCACAGACCUGGGCUUCCGUUUCAGCCAGGAGGACUUCAUGCUCAAGAUGCCAGUGGUGAUGCUGAGCUCUGUGACAGACCUACUGAGAUACGUUGAUGAGAACCAACUGACCUCUGAGUUUGGUGGAACCCUGAACUACUGCCACAGUGACUGGAUCGUUCUAAGAACAGCCAUAGAGAGCUUUGCGGUGACAGUUAAGGACAUAGCUCAGAUGCUGCAGGCAUUUGGCACAGAGCUGGCUGAGACCAAACUGCCAGCUGAGGGCACCGCCAUCAUGCGCCUCCUCUCAACCCACACUGACAAGUACAGGAAACUCAAGGAAGCGAUACGGUCAGUAUCAAAGGAGGGUCGUCACCUGCUGGCGAGCCUGGAGGCCUCGGGGAGAGAGGAGGAUUCACUUUGGGAUGUCAGGCUGGACUGGGAGACUGUGCAGAGGCUACUAGCUCAGCUGAGGGGCAUGGAGUCAGCCUUUGACGGCUUCUUUGAGAAGCAUCAUCUAAAACUGCAACAGUACUUACAGCUGCUCAGAUACGAACAUCGCUUCCAUGAGAUGGAGUUGUCUCUGGAGCAUCUGGCAUCCCAGGAGAGAGAGAUGUCGUCGUCAGGGGAGAAGCUGACUCAGACAGAGCAGACACUCAGAGACCUGGACAUCCUGGAGGCUCACGCACAGGAGGAGAUGGUCAGUGCCCAGAUCAUCAUCCUCCAUGGGCACCAGCUGGCAGCCAGUCACCACUAUGCCAUGGCCCUGAUCUUGCAGCGUGGCAACGAGCUACGUCACCGCUGUGACACGCUCAGUAAUGCUCUGAGGGUGAAACGCGCACACCUCUCCCGGGCCCACCGGCUGCUGCUACGCCUCGGCCAGGCCCAGAGUUGGUGUGACGAUGGGGCCUACCUGUUGGCUCAGCAGCUGGUGGAUAAGUUCCAGUCUAAGGAGGGGGCCCAGGCUGCUCUGAAGGACAUAGACAGAUUCCUGGAGGGGGCUCCGUCUCUCCUCAGCUCAGGACCUGACCUCUUGGCUGUGGAUUUUGAGUCUGUCCUCACCCCAGAGAUACAGGUCCAGAUAGGGGAAAUAUUUGAGAAGCACACGGUGGUGCAGGAGAUGAUCCACAACAGGCAGGUCUGUCUGAGGAAGCUGGCUGAUAAACACGUCCGUCCCAUCCAACUCGUGGCCCCCAGGGCAGAGAGCCCGCCCCGCUCCAAGUCCCCACUCUUUUCCCCCAAACAUGGUGUCGACGGUUUGAAGUUCUCCUUCGAUCUGUCACUCCCUGGGAAGAGGACGUCCCGGAAAAGCCCCGCCUCCAGAAAGAUUGAGGUGAUGCAUGACUACCAGGAGAAUAGGAGCUCCAUGCUCUCCAGCCUGGAAGGAGAGGACAGCCCAGACCUUCUCAAACGUCACGUGAUGAGGGAGCUGAUUGAGACAGAGAGGGUCUAUGUGGAGGAGCUGCUGUCAGUGCUGCUGGGUUACAGGGGAGAGAUGGAGAACCCGGCCCUCGCGGGGCUCUUGCCCCCCAUCCUGCGCAGUAAGAGGAACGUCCUGUUUGGCAACAUGCCUGAGAUCUACAACUUUCACAGCAGGGUUUUCCUCCAUGACCUGGAGGGCUGCCUAGAGACCCCAGAGGGAGUAGGGGCCUGUUUUCUGGAGCGGAAGGAAAAUUUCAAGGUGUACGAGUGCUACUGUCAGAAUAAGCCUCGCUCAGAGUCACUAUGGAGGCAGUACUCGGACUGUGACUUUUUUCAGGAGUGUCAGAAGAAGCUGGAGCACAAAUUGGGUCUGGACUCUUACCUGCUGAAACCAGUACAACGCCUCACCAAGUACCAGCUACUACUGAAGGAGCUACUGAAGUACAGUGCAGGAGGCUGUGAGGGGACCUCCGAACUACAGGCGGCACUAGCAGCCAUGCUCCACCUCCUCAAGUCAGUCAAUGACUCCAUGCAUCAGAUAGCCAUCACAGGCUACCAGGGAGAGUUGUGUGACCUGGGCCGGGUGCUGAUGCAGGGCUCCUUCAGUGUGUGGAUCAGCCAUAAGAAAGGCCCCACCCGUAUGAAGGAGCUGGCCCGCUUCAAGCCCACGCAGAGACACCUGUUCCUGUAUGAGAGAGCCCUGCUUUUCUGCAAGUGCAGGGAGGAGCAUGGAGAGGGAGCAGACAAGACCCCCUCCUACAGCUUCAAGCACUGUCUCAAGAUGAGUGCGGUGGGGAUUACAGAGAACGUCAAGGGAGAUGUGAAGAAGUUUGAGAUCUGGUACAGUGGCAGGGAGGAGGUGUACGCCGUUCAGGCUCCCACAGUGGAGGUUAAGACAGCUUGGCUCGGGGAGCUGCGGAGGAUCCUCACCAACCAGCAGAAACUCCUCAAAGAUGAGCGUUGUGUCGACAUCCAGAUGCCAGACCACAUCCGACGUUCUCCGCCCAUGUCUGAGAGCAAACAGCAGAGGGCGUCGUUCAGCUCAGAGGACACGUCAGGGAGGAGCAGUCCAGACCCACAGUCCCUCUCCCCAAAUCACCAGCGCAACCGACACAGCAGGCCCGGCACGCCUCACACAAUGGACAUCUGUCUGGGUCUGGAGGAGUGGGGUGGAGGUCAGGACCCCUCUCACCAGUCAGACACAGAGGAGGAGGACACUGCUCAGCUGGCUCCAGGCAGAUAUAAGGCCUCGGCUGAAUGUCCACGCGACGGCCCAGAUGACCUCGCCAUCGAGAGCGGUGACGUCAUCCAGCUGCAGCACGAGGACAGCGAAGGCCACUGGCUGGUGAAGAACCUGAGUCGCAGACAGAAGAGCCUCAUCCCACUCCCCAACCUGCACGUUGUUCUGAGACACAGCAGACGAGGAGAUCCAGGGAAUCUGAAGGCCAGAAAGCUCAGCUCCCCUUAGAGAACAAAUGCUGCCUUCAAGUGCUUGUGGGAACUGGGAAACUUUACAGUAUGAAGUAACUCUGGAACAAUUCUUCAACCAAUGGCAAGCUAGAUGAUCUAUGUAAUCAUCCAGUUAGCUACCGUGAGUAAAGUUGACAAUAUUGUAAAACUAGGUACAUUGAUACAUUUGACAAUGUCAAAAAUGUAUUCGCUUUAACAUCUUUUGGUUAAAAAGGUGAAAUGUCAGUGAUGAAAAGUCACAACUUGGAAACUCUAGUAUCAAACCCUAUCUCUGACUUUCCCACUUGGAAUUCCGACUUGGGAGGGUCAUUCAAGUGGUAAUUUCCCACUACAGAGGAGCAUUUGAAGGCAGCAAUAGAACAGCUUUUGUGGGACCUUUGCACAGAUUCACAGUCUGACCAGACAGACUGUUAUACAUUUGACACUGUGAGGUCAUGACUGAUAAAAUAUCUUAAAAUCUGCUUUCUCAAAGUGCUCUGAUUGGCCAUGAUGAGAGACAACUAUCCAAUUGAAGAAGGACACAGGAGCUUACAUUUUGGAUUAUUGAUUAACAUUUCUCUGGGCCAAUAACAUGAAGACCUGCUUUUGCCCACCCAUGAUGGACAGUGGACAAACUUAAUGAUUGUUACCUUAACUUUGGACAGCACAGGGCUCCACCAGCACACAUGCACAAGGUUGUAAGGAAGGACAAGGGACAUGUGAAAAGAUUUGGCACUUAAAGUUAAUUCGUUCACUUUCUCUUUUUCGAACCAGCCAAUGGCCUUUUCUGUUGGGUUGCUGUAGCUGGAUUGGGACUGUUAUACAUCCAUGGACUCUACCUCUCGACUGAGGGAUUCUUAACCAUUAUUGCUAUUCAGUGGGAAUGCAGUUGGUGGGUGUUUGUGUGUGUGUGAGUGAGUGUUUUUAUGGAUCAUUACAAUCCAGGUUUUGCCUGAAAAUAAAAUAUACUUUUUUUUUUACAUUUUUGAUGUGUAUACUUAAAUGUUGACCUGUUUGGUUCCAUGUUCAUUUAUUCUACAUGCUCAUGUUGUUUAGGAAACCAUGCUGUCUUGUUCCUUAAGGCACCCUUCUCUUACGCUCUCCAAGAGUUGAAAUGCCAGAAUGUGCCCGUGCCAUAAUGCCUUUUUAUUCCUGCUAUUUUGGAAUCGGUCUCCUCUUCAAUAAAUGUUUGCUCAGCAAUAACAAAACAGUCUUGCUUCUACCUCACCUCAGACCUAUACACAACUGGCACUUUAUUGGGGUGGAAGGUCUACAAGAGAAAAUGCAUGCUGAAAGAAAACCGGACGCUUUAAUAUAUUUUCAAAGGCGCUAUAGAAAUUGAGCUUGGUGAACGCAAUACCUGCUUCAUAUUUUCCUGCUUCAUACCCAUGAUUCAUUUCCCAUGUUAUUUCCUGAACUCAUUGUUUGUCAGUGGGGAUGAGAUAGCUGUUGAGAUCAUGGUGAUUGAUAUAAGUGUAUUAAUCAGGUCUUUGGAGGUAUGGGGAGGAGCUGCUACCAGCAUGGAUCCAGCAAACAGAGACUGCUGUAAUUCUUCCCAGGUUUUCAUGCUCUCGGUCUCCCUCAGCCCUCUUUGAGAGAGUUCCUCUCCUCCUCCAUCACCUCACACUUAGUCUUAGGUUUCCCAUUAAACAGGAUCGUACAGCAAACAUGAAAUAUACCCACUGUGUCGAACGCUUAAUUAAAUAUUGAUUGCGGACUUAUAAGAAUUUACCACGUGAAGUCGGAGGCCUGCCUUUGAUGUGCUGCGUUUUGAUGUGGAAAUUAGCUUGGAAAGCAGCACGUUUCUUGGGUUGUUUGUUUAAGUUCCGUCGCUGUGUGAGGCAGCUAUGCAUCACCGUGAAAUGAUGCUUAUAAACACUGAGAGUCCUGUUUGUCUACCAUGCGUUGCGUCAAGGGGGUUCUUUCAUCUUAAUAUGGCAAAAUGUAACUUUUUCUUUUGAGCUACUUCGGUUUAAAAUGCAACACAUUUGGCACUGAACUGUGAUGUAAAAAAAUAUAUACACUGAACAAAAAUAUAAACGCAACAUGUAAAUUGUUGGUUUCAUGAGCUGAAAUAAAAGAUCCCAGAAAUGUUCCAUAAGCACAAAUUUGUUUACAUCCCUGUUAUUGAGCAUUUCUCAUUUGAAAAGAUAAUCAGGGGUGGCUUAUUAAGGUGAUUAAACAGCAUGUUCAUUACACAGGUGCACCUUGUGCUGGGGACAAUUAAAGGCCACUCUAAAAUGUGCAGUUUUGUCACACAACACAAUUCCACAGAUGUCUCAAGUUUUGAGGGAGCAUGCAAUUGGCAUGCUGAGUGCAGGAAUGUCCACCAGAACUGUUGCCAGAGAAUUGAAUGUUAAUUUCUCUACCAUAAGCCGCCGCCUACGUUGGAGAAUUUGUCAGUACGUCCAACUGGCCUCUCGAUCACGUGAAUUGGGACUUGUGGGAGAGCUGUUUGCUGAUGUCAAUGUUAUGAACAGAGUGCCACAUGGGCAGCAUAACCUACGGACCACAAACACAAUUGCAUUGUAUCGAUGGCAAUUUGAAUGCCCAGAAAUACCGCAAUGAGAUCCUGAGGCCCAUGCAUAUCUGUAUUCCCAGUCAUGUGAAAUCCAUUGAUUAGGCCCUAAUAAAUAUAUUAAAAUUGACAGAUUUCCUUACAUGAACUGUAACUCAGUAAAACCUUGAAAUUGUUGCGUGCUGAAUGUAUUUUUGUUCGGUAUAUGCUUGAAAAUGCUGUGUGUCUUUGACGAGCGCUGUAAGCUUCUUGCUGAAUGUCUCUCAAUAGAGAAAUUGCAUGGCAAACUGAAUAUUGACUGAACACGGCAGGUUUCAGGUUAUUGUUUUAGUCAUUGUUAUUGUUUGGCUGCAUUUUAGUGUAUAGACCAAAUAAAGUAUUUAUUAAAAUCA